AUGCAAGCUUGUGGCUGGACACUGAAGGUGCCACCUGCAGGCCCUCCUCCAGGAAAAUGCAAUAGAGAGAAUGAGUCUGAGUGUUGCCACAAGGGGAAGAUGGGGAUGGAGGAGGCCCUUCAGAAUGUGACAACACGUUUCACUCAGACAACACUCCAGUUGUGUCAUUAUCAACUGGAUGGUUCAAUAACAGAAGGUGUCAUCACAAUAUCAUCAUCUCUGCAAAUGGAAGAAGGGUCCAUGCCAUGGUUGUUGAUGAGUGUGAUUCCAGAAGAGGGUGUGAUGCUGAACAUGAUUUCCAGCCUCCAUGCUCCAACAAUGUUGUUGGAUGCCUCUGAAGCUGUUUGGAAGGCUUUGGGUGUUCCAAAACGUGACUGGGGUGAAUUAGACAUUCUCUGGUCUGAUGCAUGA